AUCCGCGGUAACAUGGUUUCCAGUUCCAGCAAGAUGACGCCAUGGCUGAUGGCAUUCUUUUGUCUGGCGACAGCCAGCUGUUCCAACGUCACGGACCAGCAAACGUCGGAAACUCAGCAUGAUCAUCAAGUGGCGAUCUUGAAGCAGAUCAGGAAGGUGAAUGAAGACGGAUCUUACACGUAUGGUUACGAAGCCGGCGAUGGAUCAUUCAAGGUCGAGAGUCGCGACGUUCUGGGCAACGUUAAAGGCACGUUCGGCUUCGUCGACGCCGACGGCGAGAUAAAGAGGGUCUCGUAUUCCUCGUCGAACGGGACGGGCUUUAAAGCAACCACCAUGUCACCAUUGCAGGAACACGUGUCGGUCGUGCAGAGCAUACCGCGUGUCAAUCGUACAUUAGCUACUUCUACGAAGAAGCCGAGCAUCGUGUACGCCACGACGACGGAGGGUUCGACCAAGUCGUCGGUUGUACAGUCGAUUCCUCGAACGAGGAAGACGACCACCAGUACCACCACGACGCCGACGACGACAAGCACCACUACGGAGGCUCCAAAAGCGAUACUCGGGCAAUACUUGAAAGGGACGUUAAAGAACAGGCCGCGUUUUAUCAUCAACGGCCAGCAGAGACCGAUCGUGAUAGAGGAGACAACCGACGAAGACUCGCAAAUAAAUCGACCUAGUACAGACGACAAAACUGGCGCUUACAGACGAAUCAUUUUCGCCAAGCGACCGAUUGAGCACAAUCUGCCGCCGAUAUCCGAGGACUUUGUGGACAAGGAAGACGAAGGCAAGAUUACAACCGGAAACAGUCUGAGGAGACAAUUACACGACGAGACCAGCAAGUCAAGUGCAGACAAUAACGACGAUCAUUCCGACGUUUACGGCGGAUCCUUGUCAACUACGCGACCUCUGUUCACCACUUCCGCUCCGCCACGGGUCAUCCAGAGAGUCUCAAGCACUCCGCGUCCGGAUCGACCGAAGAUCUAUGUUAAUCGAGACAAUCUGGGAGCGGCCGGUCGAUUCGACAACCCGAAAUACGAGGAUUCCAGGAUCUACGAGACCGAGACGACGAAGCCUACUCAAGAAGAGCGCACGCCUACACCGCAGCUUCUGCUUCGCACUUCCACCGCUCGAGUUCCACCUUCGGAAAAUCGAGAAUUUCUCAGACAGACGACGGAGCCUGUCUUCGUGAGACCGCCACCCGAGCAAUACCUGCGGGAGUUGCCGCCUAGAUUACUCGUACAGUCUCAACAACAGGGCAACCUCGAGGAGGACAAUGUCUACCGAGCGAUACCGAUCGGCAGAAUCUUGUUCCGGCCGCCUGCCAACCAGUCACCGAUCUACUCGAGCACGACGGACGCCAACGUUCACUAUCUGACGGAGAGUCCCGAGCCCAAUCAAGAGGACCAGCCUCGAAUCGCGAUGAACGGGAAUUAUGUGCGCGCGCGUCCCAUGAUGCGACCGCUGAUCUAUUCGGAAACCGAGCAGAGACGACCCGCGCUUUUGCGACCGAUUCCAGGUCCGAUUCAUCCUGAUGACAGAGAUUAUCAGGCGACCACGCCGGAGUAUCCUUACAGACCCGGUGCGCUGGCGCUGCCACCUGAACCGCCAAAUCCGAUUACGCCACCUCUGAGUCGACGAGACUUCCAGACAUUGCUGAGGAGGCUGCUGGUGAGCCAGUACGGCGUGCAAGCUCUGUCCUAUCCGAAGAGUUACCUCGAGGACGCUUUGUACGAUCAACAGCCCUAUCCGUCAUAUCCGGCGGGUUACCAGGCGCCACUUCCGAGACCGGAAUUGCCGUACGAUCAGCAGGCGCAAUAUGGCGAACGAGUGCCUCUAAGACGUCCGCUGUACCCUCGUGCUCUGAAUCCGGCCUAUCAUUACGACGACUAUCAGGACGGCAGAUACUCCAAGAGAGUAUAUAGGCAGAAAUUCUACGCGCAGGACGUAGCGGAUGACAACGACGAGGUUCUUCCAGCAGCCAUCAGAGAAGCCUUGCUGCUGAGAAUGGUGAAUCUGGCGAUCAACGCGGAACGAUCGACGAUGAUGCCGACGACCGUGCUGUCCUCCACCACGACGCCGACGUCGAGGUACAGAAAGACGGGCCCGAUCAGGAGUGUGCAGAUCAUCACGGACGAUGAGGAAGAGAAGGAGAUGAGAAAAAAGAUGUAACGACGACGAGUAGCGUAGAAAUAGUUAGGAACUCCGUCCGCAAAGAAGUAGUUGUUGCAGGUAAAAAAAAAGAAGAAAAAAUACGAGAUAAAUUAUUGUAGAGUUUUAACUAUAGUGUUUUGUUAUAAUUUUUUUUAUAAGACGAGACAAACUUAAUCAAGGUCAACGAGCAACCGCAAGUAUGCUCUCUCUUGCAGCAAUCUUUAAAUACUACUUACUCUUGCUAGGCAUUACUAAAUAUCCUGGAAAGGUAUCGCGAAUUCUCACGGUAAGCAUGUUUAAGCAUGACGAAGCGGCUUACGUUAUUAAAGGUAGAGGAUUUUUUUUCGGUUGUAGGAAAUGAACGGAUAUGUCCAUCCGCGUGUAAGGACCAAUAUUGCACACGAAAGUCGCACAUUUGUGUCGUUAAUGAAUCGGAUCGGUUUCAUUUCACCGAAAGAGAAAUCGUCGCCGAUUUUCUGCACGAUAGCUUUCCUAAUGUUCGCCAAAACGCAUAUUUAUUUCUACUGAAAUCGAUGCAUCAGCGUAAGUAUAUGUAUAUUCGAUUAAGAAAUUUGUUGUGAAAUAAUUGAAUUUUUUUCUCACAUAUAUAUCAUUUUUUUAUCGCCUAAAUUUAUCGCGAAAUUUCAUUUCUCACACGCUGCUGAUUUGCUUGCAAAAUUAUACUAUUUAAUAAUAAAGAAAGAACAAUAGAAUGACGAAAUUGAUGCAAACUACCUCCAAGAUUGUAAUUUACACUGAUAUAAUGAUAUUGUAAACAUUGCAGCAUAAGUUUGUUGACAUUAAUUCAAUCACAAAACAAGAAGAAAUAUAUAUCGAUCAAUAAAAUCGCUGAUGCGUCUCUACUUAAACAGGUUAAUUAAAAAAAAAUCUCACGAUUAAAACGUAAGAACAGCAUCUGCGAAAGCGUUAUUAGCUCCUAAGACAUCUCUAGCGUAUUCACUACUUACUGACUGUAAAUACGGCAUUACGUAAGAGAGACUAGUGUGAUAUAUACGCAUCGCGAAAUAAAGAAAGAGUCAGAGAGACGGUA